CGAGCAGCCAAAAAAAAAGCUUUCUGCUCGAUAAACUGCGCUAUCAAAGCCGGUUUUUGUCGCUUAACAACGCCAUCUUCUUCCAUUCUGAUUUUAGGCAGCAACUGUGUUCAGAGAGAUUUAUCGCCGAGAGAUUGCCAACAGCUCACGUCGCGUAGAGACGCUUGAGGCCCGCCGUACGGUUCGCAAACUCGAAGCUUAGCGUACAACGCCGUAACGGUUGCUCGAAAACAGACAACUCGCCAAGCAGAAUCUUGCGAAACAAUGGAGGAAGAGGUCGCUGAGUUGAUCACCAGCGAGCUGGCUGAUUGGUCGACGCCAGCUGCUGAGGCUAUCCACAUCAACUUGACGCAUGGAGACACAAAAGCGUUCAAAGAAGACUUCAGCCCACGGUUCACGUACGCUGUUUUUGGCGACGACGAGACCAUUGUCGGUUACAAGGACCUUGUUAUCCGCCUCGACUUUCGCGCCCACGAUCUGAGACCAACGGCGAUGGUCAAGUAUGGCCAGAAGACGAAACCGAUCAACGAGCAGAUGGCCCAACUGAUGGAUAUCGAGCGUCAGCUUGCCGAGUUCAUGCCAGAGUCAGCCUUCAGCGUCGCGGACAUGUCGAGUACGAAUGACAUUGCCGAUGAAACAAGCAGCUGGACGCCGCCGGGCAAGCUGUCACACACGUACGAGAAGGAUAGUCGCACGUUCCAGAUCUGGGUCUCUCCGCUGACAGACCCACGCGCAAUGGAAAUCCUUACCAACAUGCGCAUAUUCGUGCCCUUCUUUAUCGAAGGCGGUACCAUAGGCUUCUUGAGUGAGCCGGAAUGGAGUAUCGAGCGCUGGAAGCUCUUCCUCCUCUACGAAGUAGACAUGAAGCACGUCAACACACCCUCUGGAUACACCCUGGCUGGCUUUAGUACUUCCUACCGCCUCUGGGUCUUCCCCGCACCCGAUGUCAUCAAGAUGGCUGAGAUCUCACACACAAUGCCGCCAAAGACGGAAUUUUCGCCAGAACAAACCUCAUUGCCCCCAACUGUCUCCCCUCUCAACCUCCUCUCUCGCGAACGUAUAUCUCAGUUCAUUAUCCUACCGCCCUAUCAAGGCCAGUCGCAUGGCUCCUGGUUGUAUAACGCCAUGGUCUCGCUGUUUCGUGCUGACCCUCUCGUUUUUGAGAUCACCGUCGAGGAGCCGAACGAGCAAUUCGACGUGCUCCGCGAUCAAAAUGACAUGGCCUAUCUAACCACUCAAAAAGAAUCUUUUAGCGCUCUCACUUUGCCCUCCACAAUCCCAACUACCGAGCUCCACCGCACAGCAUUCGUUCCAGACAUGGUAUCAGCAGACGACCUGUUCGCACUUCGAGCCAGCAGCAAGAUCGCCCCGCGCCAAUUUCAGCGUCUGGCAGAGAUCCAUUUGCUCAGCACAAUUCCGAAGAACAAUCGCAGCGUGAACCGCAUUACACGCAAGGCUAAUGCCGCGGAUGAGAAUGACCGCCGCUAUUAUUUCUGGCGGCUCAUGGUGAAGGAACGCCUCUUCAUACGGAAUAAGGAUCAGCUCAUGCAGCUGGAUGAAGAGGAGCGCGUUAGUAAACUCGAGGCCACGCUGCCGAGCCUCAUCGAUGAGUACGAGGCGCGCAUCGAUGGCUUCGCGACAAGAAGGCGUCAGGGGUUCCUGGAUAUUGUGAAGAGCUUCUGCGCAAAAGCCCCCAGUGCAAACGGUCCACGAAAGAGGAAAGUUGUUGCGGAUGAUGACGACGAGGACGAGGAGAUCGUCCCGCCAGCUAGUAAGAGGCUUACUCCCGCGCCUCCGGAGAAGAACAAAGAGAAGCAAAAAGCGAAGUGAGCCGUACUUCUGAACGCAGGGCCGGCCGUCCAAAUACGCUACAGGAGUAACUGCGAGGCUCCCGAGGGAGCAAAAGGGGUUCCUUGGAGCAGGGUUGACACGAGCACCAAGUGCAGAGUUGCUUUGUCUUGGAGUUGUAAUAUACCUGGAUAGAACGGACGGGUUGUCCUUUGCUUUUUUUUUGUCUCCCCUGCCGACAAGCUUUCGCGUACGGGGUGGCGGAGAUGGCAGUCAUAUGAUAUCCAGGGACAUGCAUGGUGCAAAGCACGAGCAUUGCUCUCACGUUUUUUUUUAUCUGAUAAUCCGCUUGGCUGAUGUGGCGGCAUCCGUGAUCUAGCAGAUCAGUACGAAAGAGAGACGUCAAGCCAUUGCUUGAGUUGCAGAAACGCCUUCAGCUUAAAGCAACACAGAUACACACACUUGGUUUUUUCUUUUC